AGCCGCACAGACAGCGCGGUCGAGUUGGGGGUGCUGCUGGCGUGCGGAUCCGGCAACUCCCUGGGAGGCAGACGUAGGCAGACCAGCGGGUGCUAGGAACCGAGCUGCAGGCAGUCCCCGCGGGUCCGUGAAAGAGUCGGUGGCCUCGGCGGGCGCCGGUCAGUAAGUGCUUGCCCUCAAAGUCCUCACAACUAUGGAGAAGAUAGAUAUUUGCACAAUUGAUUAUACUAUGGUGAGAUAAAUGUUCACGAAGAUUUAAGAAAAACUAGAAAUCAAUUCUGGCUACGUUGAAUAGCAAAAGCAAGUGACACUGCAAACCAUGGCACUACCAUUCCGGAAGGACUUAGAAAAGUACAAGGACCUGGAUGAAGAUGAGCUUCUUGGGAAUCUAUCAGAAAUAGAACUGAAACAACUGGAAACUGUUCUGGAUGAUCUUGACCCCGAGAAUGCCCUUCUGCCUGCAGGUUUCCGGCAGAAGAACCAGACUUCAAAGUCUGCCACGGGGCCGUUUGACAGAGAACACCUCCUGUCAUAUCUGGAGAAGGAAGCUUUGGAGCAGAAGGACCGGGAAGACUAUGUGCCCUACACUGGAGAAAAAAAAGGGAAAAUAUUUAUCCCUAAACAGAAACCCAUACAGACUUUCACAGAAGAAAAAAUCUCUCUUGAUCCAGAAUUAGAAGAAGCUUUGACAAGUGCUUCUGAUACAGAAUUGUGUGACCUCGCAGCUAUUCUUGGGAUGCACAAUUUGAUAACGAAUACACAGUUCUGUAAUAUAGUGGGAAGUAGUAAUGGUGUCGAUCAAGAACAUUUUUCAAAUGUGGUAAAAGGUGAAAAGAUCCUCCCAGUAUUUGAUGAGCCACCAAAUCCAACCAACGUUGAAGAGAGUUUAAAGAGAAUUAAAGAAAACGAUGUUCGUCUUAUUGAAGUUAAUUUGAAUAAUAUAAAGAAUAUUCCGAUUCCAACCCUAAAAGAUUUUGCGAAGGCUUUGGAAACCAACACACAUGUGAAAUGUUUAAGUCUUGCAGCCACACGGAGCAAUGAUCCUGUUGCAAUUGCUUUUGCAGAUAUGCUGAGAGUGAACAAAAAUUUGAAGAGCUUAAAUAUGGAGUCCAACUUUAUUACAGGAGCUGGGGUUCUGGCACUGAUUGAUGCUUUAAGAGAUAAUGAGACCCUGACAGAGCUCAAGAUCGACAAUCAGAGGCAGCAGUUGGGGACGGCUGUAGAAUUGGAAAUGGCCAAGAUGCUUGAGGAAAAUACAAAUAUCCUUAAGUUUGGAUAUCAGUUUACACAGCAGGGACCCCGAACCAGGGCAGCUAAUGCUAUAACGAAAAACAAUGACUUAGUUCGCAAGAGACGAGUUGAAGGAGACCACCAGUAAGUCCACCAAGGUACAACCUUUGGAAGACUUCGAAAGGUCAAGGACUCAUGUUGGCGAUAUCAGAUAUAAAAUUUUCCUGGGUAGGAGGGAAAAGACUGGAAAUCUUUCUUUGUUUUUUUUUUUUUUAAAUAUAUAUUUUUUCUAGUUUAAGUUACCAGUUUCAAAUUGUAAAAUCAAUAGUAGGUAAUAUUUUAUAUUUUAAAACAUUAUUUCUGCUUUCUGUUAAAAUCAGUUUUAAUUUAGCUUAAUUGAGGGGUUUAUGAUGAGUCUUGGUUUUUAAAAAAAACCACAAUUACAAGAAAGUUUAGGAAUUCACUUAUGUAGAAUAAUAUGAACAUUUUAAGGACCAAUCUCUUUUUUAGAUCAAAAAGGGACGUUGCUGAUCAGGAGUGCACCUUGUCGGUACAAGGCACUUCGAAGCUUCCGAUUGCAGGAUGCGAAAAGUUUGUCGUGUUUUAGAGCACAUGAACUUGGCAAGAGUGUGCUUUUUGCUUCUGUCAAGAAAGCACAAUGCCAGAAUUUUAAAACAGGUGACUCAAAACCUAGUCCUGUUUAGAAGUAGAAGCAGAUCUCUAGGAGGAAGAAAUGCAGUCCAGGUUACUGCAUUACUUGUCUGGUGUGUCUCAGCAACAUGUCAAGUUUUAAAAGAAUAUUAUGUCUAAACUUAUUACAGUUUUUCAUUUUAAUAAGGUGGACAUUAUUAAAGUUUUGUGAAAGCCCCAUAGUAAAAAGCAUCUGAGUAGGAAAGCUAUUUUCUUUCUUGUAAAAGGCAUAUAAGCAACUCUAGGUUAUUUAGGGUAAAAGAAAAAAGAAAGCUAUUGUUUACAGUAAACAUGAUGGAGGUGAAGUCUGAGGAUCAUGCAAAACGGUCAUUCAUACUGAUGGUUACUGUAAAGGAAAUUGGAAACGGCUUGCCUGUGAAUCCAGUGUUGCACAGCACAGUGAGAAAUUCCAUAACGGUAUUUAAUCAUCACUCACUACGCAUUUUCCAACCAGUAAGGAAAGCUCUUCUUCAUAAAUCCAGUGUUUAUCCUUUCAUCUUGUAUAUUUUUAUCCAUAUUGUGUAAAAGUAAUUUCUCAUAACAAAAGUUGUUUUCCUGUUACUCAGAGGAUCAGAGCAAACAAUUAAACAGUGCACUGUGGUGGGAAAAAUGACGCAGACUGCCAGGGCGACAGAGGGCUUAGACUGUCCCUGCCCUGCUUCAGGGCAGCCUCCGAGCGGGAGACCACAGGCGGCACAGCUCCGAAGGCAGGGUCAGAGCCGGCCGAGCAGCCCCGGCCGAGCAGCCCCGGCCUCGGAAGUUCUGGCCUGGCUCAGUCAUAUACAGGGAGAUUUUUCUCAAGGGAAGAAUCUCAUUUCAGAGGAGCAGAGAGGUCUGUUGUUAUUUUUUUAAUUGAAUUACAAAAUAUCUCCUCCUUUGGCUUAGGGUGGACAGUUUAUCCAGUGAGCUAGGCAGCUUCUUGUGUACUGUGGUAAUAAGCCUUCUUAACAGGGUGUUUGUUUCUUUAACUCAGUAUCCAAUAUUUUAAAGGGGCCGAAGAUUGACUUUGCACUAUUUCCUUUCAGUUAUAGGCUCUGAUUUUUUUUUUUAAUCUCUCUCCUUCUCAUAUACAACUGUGGAAAUGUACUUGAUUUUAAAGACUGCGCGGCUCCAGCAGGGCGGGCAGCCAGCCUGGAGCAGGUGAAUAAGGCUGCCGUUACCUCGCAGCAGCCUGUAGGUCAGUGCAUUGAAAAGCAUGUUCUGUUUAACAUGGGUAGGCGAGACCGUACCUGAAAUUGUAUAUUGUACUUAUGGGUAAUAUCUUGAGUAUGAAGAAGUUGGGUGUUUGGCUUAUACCAUUCUAGUCUUGAGCUACAAUAAUUCAUUAUAUAAUUGAAGAAAAGAGUUCUUCAUAAAUAACUUUAAAGGUAACAUUCAUCUGAUUGAAUACAGAAAAAUCUUUCAAGAAUUGUAAUCACAGGGGAGAAAACUGCUGUUUACUUUGAUCUUUAAAAAUCUGGCACCCCAGCCCGGCCGGUGUGGCUCAGUGAAUUGAGUGUCGUCCCAUGGACUGAGAGGUCCCUGUUUGAUUCCCAGUCGUGGCAUGUGCUCAGGAUUUCGGGUUUGGUCCCCCGUAGGGGGUGGACAGGAGGCAGCCCAUCAACGUUUCUCUCUCACUUUGAUGCUUCCUUCCUCUCUCUCAAAAAAAAAAAUCAAUAAAAACAUUUUUUUUUAAUCUGGCACCUCUUAUCCUUUUAUUAACUUUUGGAAUUUCUACAUUGCUCCAAAAUUUUGUACUAGAUUAGGCUUGUGAAGUAAUCUUGAUUUUUAAACCAAAGAUGUUAUAAGACCUUAAGUUUUGCAGUCUAACCAACUGAAACGUAUUUGGUUAUCUAAUCAAAGAAUAUUCUUUGCAGUUUUAAAUUGCUGUUUUUUAAAAGCUUUAACUCCCCAUUUUAUAAAAUUUUAUAUUCGUAUUUGUCCAAAGUUCUAAUUUUUCUAGUAUGUUUACAUGAAAUUGUAUUUUUAAAAUAUUAAUUACUAAUGUUGAUUUUAUUAAAAUGGAUUUUGGUGCUAUGUACUUGUAGCUAGUAGAAGUCUAAAGUAUAGGAGAAGUGCAUUUUCUAAGAAUGCCUGUCAUUUAAAGGACCAAAUAAACACUUUGUGUUUUAAAAAAUUGGCAGAUUAUUAGAUUUCAAGGAGAAAUAGCUCGAUCAUUAAAUUGCAAUUGAAUGAAAUAACCCACAUAUUUGCUUUGUGCAGUAGGUGCACUCUGAAAAAGUUACAUGUAAACAACUUUGUAAAUUGUUUUUCUAUUUACAAUAUCUGAUGUGUUUUCAUUAAAAAGGGGGAGUCCGUGGUAUUAAAAAAAUUAUAAAAGAAAAAUGUUUAGAUAAAAUGUUAGUCAUGUUCUAUUACUCAUUAUAUUUAACUCUUGCUAUCAUUAAAAUAAGAUGAAAAGAUUCAUGAGGUUUCAGAAAACUUGAUCAUUUUGGCUCUGUUCCCAGGGCUGCCUCACUUACUCCUUGUCAGACAGGAACCACCUACCCUCCAGCAGCAGGGGGAGGGUGCGUCCCGAGCCGCAGCAACCCCGCCUCUGCCAGCUCCGUGCUGCCACCUUGCUCCUUCUAGCAAGACCGCUCCACUUUUUAAAAUAACAUUCCCAGUUUCAGUAAGAUAUAGUUGACAUAGAACAUUGUGUUAAAGUUAUACAACAUAAUGAUUUAGUAUAUGAAUAUAGUAAGACAUGAUCACCACAAUGUUUGGUUAACACCCAUCACUUCACAUAGUUAAAAAGCAUUUUUUCUUUGUGAUGAGAAAUUUUAAGAUGUACUCUUUUAGCAACUUUCAAAUAUAUGAUACAGUAUUGUUAACUGUAGUCACCAUGUUGUCCAUUGCAUCCCAGGACUCAGUCAUGUUAUAACUGAAGUGUGACCUUCACCCAUUUCCUUCAUGCUCACCCCUGCCUCUGACAACCACCAGUCUGUUCUUUGUUUCUGUGAGUUCAGGGUUUUUUUGAUCCUCACAUAAGUGAGAUCAUACAGUAUUUGUCUUUCUCUGUCUGACUGACUACUUAGCACACACACUGCCCUCAAGGCCACUUCACUUCUGAAUAGUAUGAACCGAAGACGUGGCCCCCACGAACACUCAACACGGCUGUGCCGAGCAGCUCCCGUCGCUGCCUCGGACACGGGGCCCUUUUAGAUUUGUCUGCUUAAAAAUGUUUUAAAAAAAAAUUGGCGCAUAUGCUUGAACACACACAUUGAAUAAAAAUCUUUGUAAUUUUAAAUAAUGCCCACUUUAUAUAUUUAGUCUUUUGGAUGAAUUGUAUUUGGUUUUAGUUAUGUGUAAAAGCUUGAAAAGUACCUUGUUACAAUGCAUCAUUUUUUGUCACAUCAAAUAGGUAUUUAAACACAUUUUUAAUGCUAAAAUAUCCGAAAUGCUGUAGAUGUUUUAUUUUUUCAAUUUUUAUAAAUAUAGACAUGUUAAAUUUUUUAUAAUACGGAUGUCUAAAUAUUAUGAAACAUUAUCAACCUGGUUCAUAAUGGCACAGUGAAGUUUCAUUUGAAGAAUAUGUACUAUAGGCAUUUAGAA